GUCACUUUUGCUUGGAAAAUUAUUGGGUUGUCUAGCCAACAAAUCUCAUCAUAUGAAGGUCAGGUUGGAAGGAACAUCAAAUGUGAGAGUUCCAUGAGAGUGCAAGGAACAGAUCAAUCUCUGAAAAUCUGAAGGCAAAACCAUAACCAAACCAGAGAAAUUUCUCACAAGGAGAACAAUAUGUCGGACAAUCUACCACAAGAAGUGGUGUUUGAUAUCUUGGCAAGACUACCUGUCAAGUCCCUAUUACAAAUGAGGUGUGUAUGCAAAUCAUGGAACUCUCUAAUCAAUAGUCCCAAUUUCAUCACAUCACACACAAACCAAACUCUUGCAAACAACAACAAUGAAUUAGUACUACUUAGGCACCACACUGAUGGCAAAGAGUAUUAUUUGAGGGUAGUGGGUUCGUGUGACGGGUUAGUGUGCUUGUCGUCUCAUGAUCAAACUACGAUUUUAUGGAACCCAUCAAUCAAGAGAUGUUUGAAUCUUCCAACGCCUCGCAUUACAUAUAAGUCUCACGGUUCUUAUACGUUUAUCCUUGGAUUCGAAUUUGAUCCCUUGACUAAUGAUUUCAAGGUGGUGAGACUUGUAUAUUUUCACAAGAACUUUGGUUACAGGCUUCCAGCAGAGGUCGAUGUUUAUAUGCUUAGCAUAGGGACUUGGAGAACUGUUAAUACUAUUGCCCCAUCAUAUAAUUUGAUGGAAUGCGUUUCCCAUGCUUUUGUGAACCGGGCAUGCCACUGGAUUGGGUUUGAGGCAAUGACGAAGGAAAUAAGGCGCUAUUUGAUACUGUCAUUCAACAUCAGUACUGAAGUGUUUUGUGAGAUAAAGCUCCCUGAUUGUGUUGCUAAUGUGUUCAGACUAAUUGCAUCGGUUGUAGUGUAUGAGGAAUCGAUUUGUUUGUUCCAUUAUGAUAGGGAUUGGGGGUAUCCAAGUAAGAAUUGUGAUAUAUGGGUGAUGAAAGAGUAUGGUGUGGUUGAGUCUUGGACUAAAUUGUUCACAAUUGAUUUUGGUAUAAGCAAAGCUGUAGGUUUUAGGAAGAAUGGUGAAUUUUUGGCAGAAGAUAGAGAGGGGAAGUUGGUUACAUAUGAUUUCAAGACCGGGCAAAUAGUGUAUCUUGGAAUCCAUGGGUUGAAACAAUCGUUUCAUUUGGAGAAUUACAUGGAAAGCCUAGUUUUACUUAUAGAAGGAAAUGAAGUUUUAGAGGAGAAGGCAAAAUCUUGUAAUGCCCUUGACAAAGGUAUUGAAGAAACGUCGGAAUUGGGGAGCAGCAUUAAUCAACAAGGAAGUGGGUCACGCGGUAGGUUCUUUUGUUGUGCAAUGCCUAGCUCUCUCACAAAAACUGGACUUCCUCGACCCUCUUACAGAAACUUGAUUGAUCGUCCACUUCAAUUGGAAAGAAGCCUAUCCCAAUCAACAAUGCUAGAGGAAGCCGAGAAUAAUAGGAAGUUGUAAAGGUAAUUUACUUCCAUUUUCAGUUGGUGGUGGUCUCUCUUCCAUUCUCAAUGUAGAGAUAUAAUUGUCUUUCGACUUGUGAUAUGCAGAUAUGUUUCGCUUUUAAUAUUCAUGAUCAAUGUAAAACUUCAGAUAUGAGAAGAUUUGUUUGUUAGAUUGUGGUUAUCGGAUCUUUAUUUAAUGUGCUAA